AUGGUUCUCGCCAAAUCCAAAAACUCCGUGGGGCUGGGUAACAGCCUCAUGAAGGAUCGAUUUGGCAAAGGAAAGCAGUCCAACAUGAAGAAGGCCUCGUACAACCAGUCAAUCGCCCGUAAGGAUCAGAAUGGAGAAACCUACGUCACCAAUGCGCCCCAGGAAGCCGCCUGGGUGAAAAUGCGCAGUAUCACGGAACAGGGCGCACUCGACGAGUUCUUGAGUACGGCCGAGCUGGCCGGCACCGAUUUCACCGCGGAGAAGAUGAGCAACGUCAAGAUCAUUCACGGCGACCAGAAGAACCCCUACCUGCUGUCCGCGUCGGAAGAGCGAAGCGCCGUUAAGAAGCACAAGGAGAACAAGAAUCGACUGACGGUUCCGAGACGGCCCAAGUGGGAUAAGACGACGACGCGGGAGCAGCUCGAGAGCAUGGAGAGAGAAAGUUUGUUGAACUGGCGCCGAGGAUUGGCCGAAUUGCAGGACAACCAGGAUCUUUUGAUGACCCCGUUCGAGCGUAACCUGGAAGUUUGGCGUCAACUGUGGCGAGUUAUCGAACGUUCGGACCUCAUAGUGCAGAUUGUCGAUGCGCGAAACCCGUUGCUCUUCCGCUCUGAGGAUCUGGAGAACUAUGUCAAGGAGAUUGACCCCAAGAAGAGGAAUUUGCUGUUGGUCAACAAGGCCGAUAUGCUGACGGAGAAGCAACGAGAGGCCUGGGCGGACUACUUCGACAAGCACGACAUCAGCUUCCGGUUCUUCUCGGCCCACUUGGCCAAGGAGCUCAACGAGGCUCGAGAGGCUCGGCUUUUGCAGGGAGAUGUCUCGGACAGCGAGGGCGAGGCAGAAGAUCUGGCGGAGGCCGCCAAAUCUAUGAAGAUUCAGGAGGAGCAGGCCGAGGCAACGCCGGAGCAUGAUGGAGGACUAGAGCUUCCCGGUUCCAGCAAUGUGCGGAGAACAGAAAUCUUGAACGUGGACGAGCUGGAGGAGCUCUUCCUGUCCAACACGCCUGACACCCUCCCCGACAGUGACAACCCGGACGCGCAGCCCAAGCAAAAGACCACCAUCGGUCUGGUGGGUUACCCCAACGUUGGUAAAUCCAGUACCAUCAACGCCCUCCUGGGAGCCAAGAAGGUGUCGGUUUCCGCCACCCCCGGUAAGACCAAGCACUUCCAGACUCUGUACCUCUCUCCGGAGAUCAUGCUCUGCGAUUGCCCUGGUCUGGUGUUCCCCAACUUCGCCACGACCAAGGCGGAGCUGGUGGUCAACGGCGUGCUUCCCAUCGAUCAACAACGUGAAUUCACUGGACCCUCAGGGCUCGUCGCCCAUCGCAUCCCGAAGGAGUUCGUUGAAAACGUCUACGGUAUCAAGAUCCACACCCGGCCUCUCGAGGAAGGCGGCACCGGCGUCCCCACCGCGAACGAGCUGCUUCGUGCCUACGCGCGAGCCCGUGGUUUCGCCACGACAGGUCAAGGCCAGCCCGACGAAUCGCGAGCCGCUCGAUACGUGCUGAAAGACUACGUCAACGGCAAACUGCUGUUCUGUCACCCGCCGCCCACUCCCGAAGGCCAACCCCCCAUCGACUCGCACAAGUUCAACGAGGAUCUCUACGAUACGGCUCACCUGCCCGCCCGACGACAGGCGAUGCUCGCCAAAACCGGCCACGUCGAGCCUACCAUUGACGAUGAUGAGGAAAUUCUGGACGAGUCGUCGGCCGCGCCCGUGCCCGAGAAAGGCUUCCGCUCGCGCGACCUCGACACGGGCUUCUUUGGACCCGGCUCCAAGACGUCCGGCGGUCGUCUGACCCUCCCAUUCAACCACCAGUACACCGACCAGGGCCAGGAGAUGCGCAAGCACCUCACAGGCCGCAAGGAGCGAUUGAUGGUGGCCCUGGAGCGCGGUGUGGACGUGUCGGAGGUGCGAUCAGGCAACUCGAAGAAGCACUUCAAGGGCAACAAGAAACAAGCCAAGAAAAAGCGCAACAACCCCGCCGACGAUGAUUAUUAA